UUUAGUCUCGUAAUUGUAUGUGUAGUAAGAUUAAUGGACUUAUGGUGCGUACGUCUGACAUCAGUUGUAAGUGGGAUUAGAGGUCAUCGUCUCAGGAAAUCAGCCACGCACCUCGAGUGUACAGACAGACGGAAUGGGAACUAAAGACGUGUUUUAUAAAGGAUGCUCAGAUUCAUGUUCAACGCCAUACCUUGCGGAUGAAGGCUUAGAUUGUCUCUCAUCUGACAACGAAUUCUACAACACACCAGUCCCGAGUGAAAACAUCUGGAAAAAGUUUGAACUACCAACACCUCCACGGUCACCUGCCCACGUUUCUCAUGAGGACUCUCUACACCCAUUUAGUCCGUGCGAACGCCUGCAGCUGGUCUCUGAUCUUCUAGACAGUGACUUUUUGCCAUACCAAAAGUGUCCAGGUUUUGAGAGUUAUUUCGAUGAUUUCAGUAGUUGGCGAGGACUGUUGGAAACAAAGGCUAGGGACUGGCAUAACGUGGAGCUGAUACAUGACUGUAUGUGGUCUGGUCGUUGCACCGAAAAUUGUAAGCAAAAGGAGAACGAUAAAACAACAGCACCGAGAUUACACUCUACAUCAAGUAUUAAUCCGUUAGAUUAUGAGCCUUUGGAAAAAAAUAGUUCUGUUAAGUGUAUAGAUACAUCUACUGCUUCGCUUUGCGAAUCGGUAUCAUUUCGUAUUGAUCAUAGUUAUUACCAACCACAAAACAACAAAAAUGCCAAUCCAACAGGUCUGCAUCGAUGUAAUGACAUGAAAUCUAACUUUGCCACGCAUAAACCAAGUCUAGAACACCUUAACAGCGAUACGCCAUCUGAUUCUGAUGAGGAAGUAGAUGUCGUAACAGUGGACAAAUUGUCGACUCACUGCUCAGUAGAAGAAAAUGUACUUAAGGACCACGAUGAAGACACGUGUUUUGCGCCAAAAAUGUUUUCGUAUUCUCUAAAGAAUGAACAACUGGUAGUUCGAAAAUCAGCAAAACUGCGUUUUUCUUCUGAAAGUGUAAAUAGCGUUCGUGUUUCCAUUGGACAACCCGAAAUACGAAGAACAAAUAACAAAGCACUUGAAAGAACCAAAAAUAUUAAAUCGCAGAGAAGAGGUUAUCGCAGUAGUCGUUCUAGUUCUGAUUCGGAUGAUCCAAAAAGGGUAAGGAAAGAACAUAACAGUAUGGAAAGAAAAAGACGAGACGACUUACGUUUCGCAUUCCAGACUCUCAGAGAAAACAUACCUGAACUGAAAGACAAUUCCAAAGCACCAAAGGUAAUGAUUUUAAAAAGAGCAACUAUGUAUGCGCAACAACUGGAAAGGACAAGACAAGUACUAGAACAUUCCUUAAACGCAGAAUCACGGAAGAAACAAAAACUUCAAAUAAGGUUUCAACAGUUACGAAAUAUCUUCAGAACUUCCCAAAAAAGUUGAUACAAAUAUGAUCUAACGGUUGUUUCUAUCUCAUACUCUCCUAUUGACCAAAUAUUUUUUUACAGAAGAGUAGAAAACAUAUUCUUUCUUUGAGAAAAACUGGUUUUAUGCGACCAUUUUCUCUUACUUGCAUUUCUAAAAUUACAGAAAAUGUUUUUCUUUGGUAAAUAUGUGAAAUAUUUUAAAAGCGUAUUUGAGUUAGAAAACAAGAACACUGCUCAUAUAGAUAUUAAAUACUGAUUGUUUUUAUAAAUUUAACUAUUGAUUAUAUUGCUUAAAAACCUUAGUGUUUUUUUGCUUUAAGUAAAUUACUUAAUAUCAAAAUAUUAACUCGAACAUUUUUCUUCAAGUUGUUUUCUUACUAAGAAACGUUUGAUAAUUAAUGAACAUUGUAAAGCAAUUUCUCUGGCAAAAUAUUGUUUCAAACAUAUUGUUGGUGUGAACGUGACUUAUAGUCAGUGUGAGAAAAUCCUAUACACUUGAUGGGUGAAGGAAAAUUGUCAUUGGCCACUAUUCCUGCUAUUGUGCCGCUAUAUGGUGUGAAGAACUGAAUAGUGACCAAUGACACUUUUCACUAUGA